UUCCAUUAAACAAGGGUGGGUAAUUCACCGACGGAGGAUGCUUGCUCAAUGACAAGUCGUUCAACUAUUCGUGUCUAAGAAAACGUACCUUUUUAUGUGAAGGGGGCGGUGUGUGAUAUGACAAACAGUUUGUAUCUAUAUCUCACGGUUGGAGGACAACGUCACAGAUCACGUGAGUAGUAUAACAGUGAAUCCACCGGCGGAAUAUACCACAGUAAUAUAGAUAACUUGGUAAACUCACAAACAGUGUGUGGGAAGUUCUUGCGCCGUGUUACAUAUAUAUACGGGCUUAUCUCGCUAAGUUUUUCAUUUAGAUCUAACACCAACUCACAUGUCUUCUUGAGAGCUUGGAUUAUAACAAACGAUGGGGGCUUGUUUUAGCCGAAUUCGGUCGGAUUAUGUAGUGUACGUGCGGACAGGUGACAGGAGGAAUGCUGGCACCGAUGCCAAUGUGACGAUUAUUUUGCAUGAUGAUGUGGGACAUUCCACGGGGGAAAUAUCCCUGGAUAAUUUCUUACGCAACGAUUUCGAGAGGGGCAAGCAAGACAAAUUCGAUGUUCCUCGAUCUAAACUUCGACCUUUGGGGAAAAUUACUAAAAUAGAAUUCUGGCGAGAUGACGCGGGUAUUGGCAGUGAUUGGUAUGUUGAAAGAAUCCUUGUUGAGAACCGUCUCACCAACGAUAUUUUCGUAUUCCCAAUAUUUCGGUGGAUUAAGGCUGGAUAUCAUUAUAUGAUCAAACAUUUGGACACAUCCUUACCACAAUCCGACGAUUAUCAUGAACAGAGGAAAAUGGAACUCGAAGACAAAUGUAAAAUAUAUCAGUAUGCUCAAAAGGCACCGGGAAUGCCCGUACAGAUUAGCAAGAUGCCUCCUGAUGAACAAUUUUCAUUUGAUUAUAAGUGGGAUAUCAUGACUACGAAGGUACAAUUAUUAGCAACAAGCAAAAUUGUCAAGCUAACAGCAGGAGAAUGGGAAAGUUUAGCACAUCUAAAAAAUAUCUACACACAGAAUGUAUUCCAUUUACCUAAGGGUGCUGAUCGAUGGAGUAAUGAUUUAUAUUUCGGUCUUCAGAGAAUAGCCAGCCUCAAUCACUCAAUUAUUAAAUUAUGUACAGCCAUUCCAGAGAAACUCGCAGUUACUGAAGAGAUGCUCAAACCAUUAUUAGAAGGAAAUACGUUAGAAAGUUUGUUGAAAGAGAAACGUUUAUUUAUCUGUGAUUUAGAGAUAUUAGAAGGUCUUUCAUGUAAACCUGGAUUUACGUUAUGUGUUCCUAUUGGCUUGUUCAUGGUAAAUAAAAACAAACAAUUACGACCAAUCGCCAUACAGCUAUUCCAGAAACCAGGUCCAGAUAAUCCAGUGUUUUUACCAACAGAUCAUCCAAACACCUGGGUUUUAGCUAAAAUGUGGUAUAAUAAUGCUGAUGCUGCUUACCAUCAAUCACUAACACAUCUUGGACUUACGCAUCUUUUAAUGGAGGGAGUAACCGUAGCAACACAUCGCAAUCUUUCACAGUCACAUCCUGCUUUCAAGUUUUUAGCUCCACAUUUUCUGUAUUUGAUAGCUAUCAAUACACGAGGUUUAGAGAUAUUGGUUUCAGAAGGUGGUUGGGUAGAUAAAGUUAUGAACACUGGUAUCAAGGGAAUGUUUGAAUUAAUAAAAAGAGGAAUUGAAAGUUGGCAUUUAGAUGUAGAUGGAACUUUACCAGCAGAUCUAAAAAGACGAGGGUUGGAUGAUCCAAAUGUGUUGCCUGGUUACCAUUUUCGAGACGACGCCAUACUUUUAUAUCACGCUAUUCAGAAAUAUACAUCUAAAUAUGUGGCUUUAUAUUACGAUACACCAGAGAAAAUAAAUGGUGAUUGGGAAUUACAGAAUUGGGGUAAAGAAUUAGCUUUACCUCGAGAACAAGGUGGUGUAGGAUUACUGGGAAUACCAAAUGACGGAACAUUUAAAACAAUAGAUGAUAUAAGUAAAGUAUUAACAUGUAUUGUAUAUACCUGUAGUGUUUCACAUGCGUCAACUAAUUUCCCUCAAUAUGAAGAAUACGCCUUUACUCCAAAUUAUCCUGGUAUGAUGCGAGGAAAACCACCAAACUCAAAGGAAGCUUUAGAUGAACGUAGUAUCCUGGCCAGUCUACCGGAUAAACCAACAACCCUAGAUAUUAUGGUCGUUACUAAAAUAUUAAGUGGUCGAGGUACCAAAAGUCUUGGUGAUUUUGAAGUUCAGUAUGUUUUUGAUCCUAAAGCUAGAGACUUAGUGGAUGAAUUUCGUUUGGAAUUACGACAAAUCAGUAAAAUAAUCAAGGAAAGAAACGAAUCCAGAAACCCACCAUAUAUUUAUCUCGAUCCAGAGAUCGUCCCGAAUUCUAUUAGCAUUUAAAAUGUAUCAUCUUCACAAACCAUCAAUUCAUAUAAUCAUCUUCAUUAACCAGCAUCAUUCUAAUUCAUUUGUUAAUUUAUUAACCAACAUAUUUUGAGCAUCUUAUCGAUUUUAUCAUAGCUUGUUAAAUGUUUCAUAAUUUUAUGUUUUAUGCAGAAAAGUUUUUAUAAAAUUAGUCACACACUUUGGUUGAAAUAUGGCAUUUAACCCUUUGAACACCGAGAUCAUGGUUUCAUAGUUUUAUGCAGAUAAGUUUAUCAAAUCAGUCAAAUAAAUCUGGCAUUUAGCCGUACACCAAGAUCCUUAUAAAAAUAGAUACUACCACUUGUAUAUUGGGGUGACGUGAAAAUCAGACAAUUUGAAUUAUUCCAAAGUUAUUAAUCUUUUUGAUAUGUGUCAAUGUGGUUUAAAUGGCUUAAAAGGGUUAAUAAGCCAAAAAGUUUAAAUCUUAGAUUCUGCUGAUAGUACAAUAGGCAGAGCUUCUUAGAUUAGGGUCAAAAGUAAGUGUUGAACUGUGAAAAUAUUUUCAAUAGUCUUUAGCAAAACUAAGUACCAUUCAAAUGUCAUUUCGGCAGAGUAAGCAAAGUUUUACUAAUUUUACUUUCGUUUUUGUCUUAAACUGUCGACAGUUUAUAGAAAAGUUAGUUAUUUUUGUGCAUUCAAAAUUCUGUAGUCAACGAUCACUCUCAUUUUCACCCAAAUCAAAAAUCCUGAGUGUGUCACUGAUUGAUUGAAAGCAUUUGAUCAAAUUUAACAUUACUACAAUCAAAGUUAAAUAUUUCUUUAUAUUGUUAUAAAAUUUUCAACAUUUAUGUGAUAUUUUAAUACAUGUUAUAUGUUUUAUCAUCAUAUACAUAUAUAUAUAUAUGCUACAUGGAAUGUAUGCGCUUAUUGAUUGUCUAUUUGGAGCCUGUUAAAUGGCUGCUUAUGUUUUCAAAUACAAAAAUCAGUGCUAGAUUUAGACUUAAUGAGGUAUAAAGGUCAAAUCAAAUUAAUUUUCGUUCCUCGAAGUCCUUAUAAUAUAUAGCCUCUUGAGUCUAGGACAAUUUUUUUGGGGAGGUAUAAAAUUUCAAACAUUAAAAUUUUGAACUAAACGUAGAAGUGACAAGUACUUUUUAUUUUUGAAUUAUUUUAUUUUACAAAACAAAUUUAAAAAAGAUGCAAAAUCUUAAUGUCUGUGUGUGAAGAACAAAAUUUCUUGCUUUAUUCAUUCAUCAAAAUAUAUAAUUAAGUCCACAUUUUGAAAGAGUCCCCAAAUCUAUAUUUCAGAUUUGAGCUUGUUUUGUUCAAACAGGUAUAUAUUUUUGUAUUAAUCAAAAAGAUCAAAAACAAUAUUUUUUUUUUGAUUUUGUUUGUUCUUUUAUUUUAGAAAAAUGUAUUUUCUGUUUCGUUGUCUAUAAGUUUAUUUUAUUAUAUCACUCCAUAUUCUGUGUUUGUGCUUAGUCUAAUGGACUAGUGAAGACAGGAUCUAAUUUCCACAUGUUAACUGUUCCAUGAGGUUAUUAUGUCUUUUCAUACAAUCUUAAUUUGCACAUGCCCAUUAUAAUACUAUCAAAAUCAGAUGUCUUGACACUUGAAUUCUUUUUUAUUUUUCAUCCAACAGCAAAGACAUCCUAAGUGGUAAUGCUUUUAUUAGGGUUCAGAAUCAGAUUUCCAUUUAAAAGGACAGUGGGCACCACCUGAUGGCAUAUCAAAUAAAGGGAAACUUUUACUUUCGUUAUUAUUUCAUGACAGUUUUUGUAGAUAUACCUAGAUUUUAUUUUUGUUGAAGUUGUUUUGUAUCCAUUAUAGAUUAUGCUGUUAUUUCUAUUGUAGAAUAUUUUUGCUUUAAAAUAUGUGGUUGAAAAUAUUGUCUUUUUGUGAUAUUACUGCAAAAAUUAUAUAAAGCUUGGACUUUAUUAUUCAUAAAAACUGAAACUAAAUUACUUUAAGAAUGCAAACUUUUCAUUGCUUUAGAAUUAAACUUCUAAAACGAAAUUUUAACUCUUAGCCAAUGAAAAGGGUACAUUCUUAAAAUGUUUUAGUUUUAGCUAUUUACCAGUUUUAACUGAUCCAGUGACAGUGAAAUCGACUGGCUUGAGAACUGACCUGUCAGUCAAAUUACAAGCCAUGAAAUUAGAAUUUAAAGAAUUUAACCUGAAAACACAAUAAAUACAGGUAAAAACUGAGGUAACACUAAAAAGUGUCAAAUUCUAUGAAAUCUAUAUCUUGUUAUUCAUGGAUCGUAGACAAUUCACCAAUCUGAUUAAAACAUAGAUCCGUUUCAUUUCUUUUUUGUAUAGUUCAAAAUUUUGUUUUACUUACCUUCACUACACUAGGAUCUGGAAGAGUUGUUAUAUAACCCAUGUUCUGGUUGAUGUGAGGGAUUAGCCAAUGAAACGGUCUGUUGUGGCGAGUUCUUGGCGUGCGGUGCACGGAACUGUGGGUAAACAUUCGCAUCGAAGACAAAGCAAUAGUUGUAUUUCCAAAUACCCACUUAAAAAAUCAACACUGAUUGGUUAUGGCCCCUGACGCCACCUCCCACUACAACCAGUCAGAUCUUCAUGUGGUGUAGGCCAUCGAAAAUAUAAAAAACGAAACGGCAUAUAGAUCUAUAUUUUAAACAGAUUGACAAUUCACAAUAGUUUUAUGUUUUACCUAAAUGAAAGAAAUUUCAAAACUGUUUUCAAAAUUAUAAAAAUAAGUAUGAAAUGACUGUUUUGGUAUUUUUGAAAACAAGAGGUUGACUGCAAACGUUAUUUUAUAUCUGUAAUUGAUUGUACUUGUGACUUGUAUUGAGUUCCCUUUAAGAACAAACAAAAAAAUUAUUCUGGUUCUCAAACCAACCUAACUAGAAAUCUGAUGCAGGAGGAAGGUUCUGAGGACCAGAAUAUGUUUUUUAUUUGGCCUUUUGUACGCUACUAACAAAACCACUAAUUCUAAUAUUAAUACAUUUAUAAACAAACCACAAUAAAUGUGCCAUAGUGUUGAUUAUUGUUCUAAUGUGUAUAUAAUAUUAUCUUUAUGUUUAAUGUUCGAAAUAUUAACAAGUACAAGCGUAUCAUGGACCAUGAAAUGAACAUGACGUCAUUGCCGCCAUCUUGAAAUUAUGAGGUUUUAUCAAAAAUUGAAGUCUUGCCAAUCAAUGCUCAAUUGUCCAAGGAACAUACAUGUCCACCGCACUUAAAUUGCCAUAGCCUCAGACUUUUUUUUUUUAAACAGGAAGAACAACUAAAAUGAUGAUAUCCUAGGCUUGGAAAUAAAUGAGCUGCUUGCAACAUAGUUUAUUCAUCGCGGUCUUGGAAUAAAUUUAAUGAAUAUUAACUCAGUUCUGCCCUAAAAGGUAUCACAGAGAUCCACACUUAUCAGGACUGUUCUAGGGUUCUUCCAACCAUUUUACAUGCUAAUUAUAAGGAGUUUGUUUUGUCACAUUCUUGGAAAUAAAUUACUUUUAAAUUCAACAAAGUUCCAAGAUAGUUGUUGCUUAUUUGGCUUUGUUAAUGUUUGCAUGGUUAUUAAAGUCCUGAUGCACCGUUUGCAUAUUUUGCUAAAAUAUCAAAUUAAAUUUUUCAAGACUUAAAGAUACAUUAUGGGAGAUUAGAUAAAGAUCUGGCAGUUCUCACUAUAAUAGUUAAAACCUAGAUAAUGUAAAGGGAAUUUGCUGAAAAUUUCAGUCAAAUUGAUCCACUCUGAACCAAGAUUUUAGUAAUUGAAUUUUCGGUCUAGCCUCGAUCACCAUUACUAAAGUCGGUACGAUAAAAAACAUAGUCGCGAUCAUCCAUUUCAUUAUUAAUUCAUGAAUUAAAGUUGAGCAGCAAAUCUGAUCGUAAUCCAGUAAGUAUCGCAGGCUAGCGUUGACAUCGAUAGUUGAUUAUGGUCUGGAUAAAUUUAUUAAUGUCCAAUUAAUAAUUUAGAUAACAUUUCAGGCCUAAAGAAAGACCUGCAAUAGGCAGAUUUAACUCUUGCAUAAUGUAUGUUUAAUCCAUGUUAAUAUGUACUCCAAUUGAUUAUUUAAGAAAACAAAAUAAAAAAAAAUAAUGCUAAAUAAUGUCCCGGCUUGGGGAAGAACUUAUUGUAUAGCAAGCGGCAUAUAGAUGGAUGAAAUUCCAAUUCCACAUAUCGUCGUAAAUACUGAAUGGAACUGAACAAUUUUUGGUCUGGCAUUCUUAUUAGAGAUUCGUCUUUCACAAUAUUGUAGUUUACAAAUUGUUAUAUAGCACUAAAAUGACACAUCAGGACUGAAACUAUUUUUAACUUGGAUGUAAAUAUAUAGCUGAACAUUAUUAUUUAUAGAUCUGCUCCAUACACUCUAUCUUACCUCAUUGAUUGACAAUAUUUACAUUAUACUGCUCUUAAAAUGCAAUCAUAUUAAAUGGGGUUUAACAUCCUACUUUUCUACACCAACUGGGCUAAUGGAGAUGGGUAUAUGUCAUGCAGUGUCAUGGUUUUUCGAAUCAUCCAAACGACAAGGCAAUGUUCCUUGCAGGUAGGCUCUCCAUCCUGUACCAAUGAAUAAGGAUACCAUGCUGGAAAAUACCAAUGAACUUACUUGGCCAAUAGUGGGAUUGAACCAUUGAUCUCCUGGUUAGCGAGCCAACACCGAACUCAUUGACUCACUGUUGGUUCCUACUGCUUUUGAUUUGGAAGGAAAUUGACCUAUUACUAUUUCAAAUUAUUUAUUAAUAUUAAAAAGAGACGAUAACUGAGCUUGAUAAAGAUCCCUUGACAGUCAGAAAUCAAAAUAAGAGUAUGCUGUAGCACCACUGUCCGGACAAAAUUCCCCCAAUAGCACACUACACAAAAUAUCCUGUCUCACUUAUCCUGGUUGGUGGAGAAAAAAAGGAUGUUAAACCCCGUUUCAUUUCAUGUGAUUAAACUGAUGUAGACAUAAAGCCAACUGAAACUGAGUGUUUGUUGAUAAAGCUGGAAUAAAAAUGACCUUUCACAAUUUAUGUGUUCAAACCGUUCUAAUAUUUAUUUGUUCAUGUCAUUAAGAUAAAUUUCUUGCUUUAUUUAGCCUGUGAUUUAUUUUAAAAUAAAGAAUAUAUCUACAUGUU